CUCUCCUUCAUUCCCCUGCUGAUCUCCUCUCUUUCCGCUCUUUCUUUGCCCUCCUCCCCCCCUGUCUGGGCAUGAUCCUUCUUGCACCUCUCGCCAGUGCAGUCGGAUUCCUCUAGUCGAUGCCCUUUUCCUCUCCUAGACCCAGCCUGAUCUCCCUCUGCCUCCCCGACAGUCAUCGCUGGAGUCGCAAUCCGACUGCACUGUGAUUAUCCAUUGAGCCUCUAUCGAAACGAAUCUGGAACGACUAGUUCAUCUACGACCGUCAUGUCGAACCCCCCUCCAACUUACGAUCCCCGACGGGCCACUAUGUAUAGUCGCCAACCGGAGGAGCUUCACAUCCCCUCCGGCGGCGCUUCGCUACAGCGGCAAUCCAUGUCCCAUGAAUUUGCGACCGGUGCUGAUAACCAUGCCCCCUCGAUCAAUUUCCACCCGACGAAUGCCCAACCGAAUCAAUUUGGAGCCGCAAAUAACGCCGGAGGAGCUCUGCCUGGAGCGCUGCAGCCGGGCAACGUCAACCGCCCGCCCGCAAUGUCUGUGAACACCGCCCCAUCUGUUCUCCCUACGCUGCCACAGUUGUCGACACCGCAGCAACAGCAACAGCAACCACCCCCGCAACCCCAACAACCCCCUCCGACGACGCCUCGGUCCGGCAUGACCAAUUCUCAUGGUCACUCCCGUUCCAGCCCCGCGGGUGUGGAGCAGUCGAAAUACAAGCCGCACGGACUGUCGGAGACCGCGCGCUUUGGCUCAUCCCCCGGCGCUGCAUUCCCGCCGGUUACUCCACAAGGCGCCAAAUACUCUCCUCUUGGACUGUCGGAUAUCCGGCCAUCAGGAGACCUGCUGAAUGAUCAGCUCAUGAGUCCCGGGUCGCUGCCCAAUCCUGGCGACAAUCAAGUGCCGACCAACAGCAACUACAUUGCCCCGUGGCCCAUCUACGCCGUGGAUUGGUGUAAGUGGCCCAUUACGGGAAGCUCCAGUUCCUUCGGAGGCAAACUGGCCUUGGGAAGCUAUCUGGAGGACAACCAUAAUUAUAUACAAAUCAUCGAUACCCACUGGACCCAACCCGAUCCCGACUCGCCUGACGCUGCAGCCGGUGAAAUCAAACUGGAUUAUGUGAAGACUGCGGAAGCCACACAUUCUUACCCUGUAACACGAAUUCUCUGGGAACCACCAUCGUCCCAGAAGCAGUCGACCGAUCUCCUGGCGACUUCGGGCGACCAUCUGCGACUGUGGUCCCUGCCGACCACGCCCCUGCAACAUUCUAAUUCAAUUACGCGACCGGCAAACCAAAGAGAACUGCCUGCUGCCAAGCUGUCUCCACUGGCGCUGUUGUCCAACUCAAAGUCCCCUGAGCAUACCGCCCCCAUCACCUCUCUCGACUGGAACACCAUCUCCCCGAGCUUGAUCAUCACGUCGAGCAUUGACACCACCUGCACCAUUUGGGAUAUCCCUACCCUUACGGCUAAAACACAAUUGAUCGCACACGACAAAGAAGUGUACGACGUCCGCUUCUGCGCAAACAGCGUUGAUGUUUUCGUUAGCUGUGGCGCCGACGGUAGCGUGCGCAUGUUCGAUCUUCGCAGUCUAGAGCACAGCACCAUCAUUUACGAGCCGACGGACAAGAAUGAAAAACUGAUAAGCCCUGGAAAUGGUAGUCCCUCGGCUCCAUCAUCCACAUGGCCUCCGCCUCUGCUGCGAAUUGCCGCUUCUCCUCAUGACGCCCAUCUCCUGGCCACCUUCUCUCAGGAUUCCAACAUCGUGCGCGUGCUUGACGUUCGCCAACCUGGCCAAGCCCUUCUCGAACUCAAAGGGCAUGCCGCCGCCCUCAACUCCGUUGAAUGGUCUCCCAAUCGCCGUGGCGUGCUCGCCUCCGGCGCAGACGACUGCUUUGUUCUCCUCUGGGACCUGAUCAAUCAACAGAACGCUGCCCCCGUCCCGCCCGCCGUGCAUACCCCCGGCGCGCCUUCGGUCACCUCCGAGCGCGGCCCCGCUGCCGCCUGGAAAUGUGACUAUGAAGUGUCUAACAUCAGCUGGUCGCCUCAGGGCGGUACCACUCCCUCCGGGCACCCUCGGGAUUGGCUAGGGGUGUGCGGUGGCCGCGGAGUUUGGGGUGUGGCUUUAUGAGCACCAUAAAAACAACCGAUAGAAAAAACCCAAAAAGGACUGGACAAAAAGAGAGGGAAAAAAAGACUCUGAAGAAUCAAAACUGCAUCUAGCCCCUGCAUUCUAGUUUAGACCGAGGUGCCUCGUGUUUUUUUGUUUCUUUCCUUUCUGUCAUAUUUGGUUCAUCCCCCCUUUUUUUUUUUUAUUUUCUUCCCAUUGGCAUUGAAUCCCUCCCUGUUGAUUCUUCUAUUUCUCCGACACCCAAUUUGCACGGAUGAAGUAUCUAGAUGUUUUUC